GGAGUGUCCUCAAGUUUCUGACCCCGCGUGAAACCGGGAGCCGUGCCCCACGGGCGGCCCGUCACGGGUGGGGCUUCCUCUCCCUGAUACCCCCGAGUGAGCUCGGUGACGUGACGUUUCCCGGUUGCAUGUCGGACGUAGCUGAAGAGGCCCCGUGGUGGAUGCGGUUUGAGAGAUGCGGCUUUAACGGCGGGCAGAGUAGUUGGUCCAGCUGCUCAUCCUCGGGAGGAGACUGACAUAACUGCGGGGGGUAAGCUGGCGUUAAACGGGAAAGUGGCUCCAAUGAAGUGUGUCUUUCUCAAAUACAGGCGUUGUAACCUGCCUCGGCGCCCUGCCUGUCGUUUUCGGUUUAGUAAGUGUUGCGUGUGCACGUUCAUGUUGAAGUCUGAACCAGACCUUGACGAGUCCUGUGAUCUCACAUCAGAGCCCGCUGUGUCUUCCCGUGGAGUUCCUCAUCCCCUGUCUUACAAGCCUGGAAUCGUGUCCCCUUUCAAGCGUGUCUUCCUCAAAGGAGAGAAGAGCAGAGAUAAGAAAGCCCACGAGAGGGUGGCCGAGCGGCGGCCCCUGCACACUGUGGUGCUGUCCCUGCCCGAGCGCGUGGAGCCUGACCGGCUGCUGAGCGACUACAUCGAGAAGGAGGUGAAGUACUUAGGUCAGUUAACAUCCAUCCCGGGCUACCUGAACCCGUCCAGCAGGACCGAGAUCCUGCACUUCAUAGACAAUGCAAAGAGAGCCCACCAGCUUCCUGGACACCUAACCCAGGAGCACGACGCAGUCAUCAGCCUGUCUGCUUACAACGUCAAGCUGGCCUGGAGGGAUGGGGAGGACACCAUCCUUAGGGUCCCCAUCCACGACAUCGCUGCAGUGUCCUAUGUGCGGGAUGACGCCUCGCACUUGGUGGUCCUGAAGACAGCCCAGGACCCCGGCAUCUCCCCUAGCCAGAGUCUGUGUGCAGAGAGCUCCAGAGGCCUCACUGCAGGCUCGUUGUCCGAGAGUGGAGUGGGGCCUGUGGAGGCCUGCUGCCUGGUGAUCCUGGCCACGGAGAGCAAGGUGGCGGCGGAGGAGCUGUGCUCCCUGCUCGGGCAGGUCUUCCAGAUUGUGUACACUGAGUCCACCAUCGAUUUCUUGGACAGAGCCAUAUUUGAUGGGGCCUCGACCCCCACCCACCACCUCUCCCUCCACAGCGACGACUCUUCCACUAAGGUGGACAUGAAGGAGCCAUAUGAGAUAGACGCCAGCACCUUCUCCUUCCCCGAGUGUGUGCCCACAGUGCCACAUGCCAAGACAGUCAGCGAGAGCGAGCUGAGUGCCACAGCCGCCGAGCUGCUGCAGGACUACAUGCUCACGCUGCGCACCAAGCUGUCCUCGCAGGAGAUCCAGCAGUUCGCGGCACUGCUGCACGAGUACCGCGACGGGGCCUCGGUGCAUGAGUUCUGCAUCAACCUGCGGCGGCUCUACGGGGACAGCCGCAAGUUCCUGCUGCUGGGUCUGCGGCCCUUCAUCCCCGAGAAGGACAGCCAGCACUUCGAGAACUUCCUCGAGACCAUCGGCGUGAAGGAUGGCCGCGGCAUCAUCACCGACAGCUUUGGCCGGUACAGGAGGGCCGUGAGCUCCACCUCCACCUCCACCUCCAAUGGGAAUAGGGCCGCGGGCAGCUCCGAUGACCAGUCCGCGCCCUCCGAGGGGGACGAGUGGGACCGCAUGAUCUCAGACAUCAGCAAUGACAUCGAGGCGCUGGGCUGCAGCAUGGACCAGGACUCAGCCUGACACGCUGGUGCCCGCGGCUGCCCUCCCCGUGCGGGCUGGGACUGGCUGGGCCUGGGUGCAGGGGCCUCUACUGUGAAGGAGACAGGGUGGGGCGGAGGCUGCCCCAGCCACCUGCAGCUGUGCCGGGAAGGGCCCUGCCCACCAGAGCCCGGACAGCUGUCAUUUUGCACAUGACGUUCCUACCGAAACUCUGAGAGACCUUAAAGGAAGUUUACUGCAAUGUGAAUAUUUAUCUCUG